AAAGACAGACACAAGAACUCUAGACAUCCCAUCACAAUUCAGUUUAAUCGAUCUAAAAGAGCAGGUAAAUGUUAUAUUUGCAACCGUCUAGUUCUAAGAACUUUGUUGUGGAAGGAUCCAAUCCUAAAAUAUAAUGAAUGUUAACAUUUUAUCAACGCUUCCAGAAUUGAAUCUCGUGGAUUUUAGGCGAGUUUAGUUUUUCGAUUUUCUGGGUCUAAUACGAUGAAAUUGGCAAUCUAUGAACUAUGAACUUUCUUUUUCAUGAAAAUAAAAGGAAUAAAUAAAUAAAUAACAGAAGAAGAAAAUAAGCGUAUUUGCGGUUAUAAACUUGCAUCCCACUUCUUGUCCUCCAAUUUCUCAAUAUCUUUCUUCAACUUCAAACCCCAUCCGGAUCAACGGAGUUGAGUUGCUGAGGAUUCCAAAGGUUUGAACAUGGCGAGUACAAACCCUGCAGCAGGUUCUGGAACCGACGCCCCAAAAAUUAUAUGGAAUCAAGCUCAACGGAGGUUCGAAACAGAGGACAAGAAGGCAUAUCUUCAGUACCUGAUAAAAAAUGGUGGUAAAGUUAUGGAUAUGAUUCACACUUUCGUUCCUUCUUCCAAAAGGGGUUUGGGAUUGGCUUCCCAUCUCUGCCUCGCCGCUUUCAAUCACGCUGACGCUCAUUCCUUAUCCGUCAUUCCCUCCUGUUCUUACAUUUCCGACACUUUUCUCCCCAGGAAUCCAACUUGGAACUAUCUUCUGUACUCUGAAGAAAAGAAAUCAAACCUGUAAGCAACUUCUUCUUAUGUUAUGUUUAUGAUUUUGUUCCUACUAAUCAUUAGUCACAGAUGCUCCUUAUGUGCGUGUUCUUUGAGAAAGGUGACUUGCUUUGUAGGGUUUGAAUCAACAUUUUGUACAGCUUGUAUAACUACAUUUAGGAAUGAGCUGAUCUGCUUUCUCCACCAGCAAGUGAAUAUACUAUCCUGUCUAAGACUAAAUAUUAAAAUUGGUUUCAUGGAGAAAUGUUGUUCUUUGUUAGUCUAUCAAAUAAAUCUACAACAUAAAUGUAUUGUCUCAAUACAUAUUAAAUGGAAAUGGAACUGUACUUUCCCAAAUUGACUUUCAGAGUAAUACUGUAAGACUUGAAUAAAAAGGUCUAGUGUAUAUGAUGUUCGAGCAUUGCUUAACUAAUUAAAGCAUAUAUGGAGAUAAGCUAUUCCAAGUG